GUACAUCAACGUCUGUGUUUGAAUUUACUUCGACCGUUGCGUUGGAGUUCCUUGAGCAGCAAUUUUAAGGUUACGUAGUAAAUAUCACUAAACAGUGUGGCGCAUCCGUGGUAUAACGUCGCAAAAGUAUAAAAAGAGGUCGCUUAAAGUAACACGAAAGAUAACCUGUUUCGAACAGUUGGAAAAGGAAGCAAAUUCAUUGUUCACGCUCUCUUGCCCACUCAUACGCAUCCCACGGAAAGAUGGAGGACAGUGCCAGAGUGGAGCAAGACCCAGGAGAACCCUCGCUUGGCAGCAGACCCGUGACAACACCUGCAACAGCUGCGAGUGACAGCAAACCGGCCAAUCAACUAACAUCGAUGGAAUCCCACAACCCCAGGCUGCUGUCAUCACUGUACAGCUUUCUCGUGAUCGUGAGCUUCUUUCUCGUUGGUUUUGCGGCCUUCCGCAACACACUAACCUGGCAUUUACAGCGAUUCUGGGGGGCAUCCGGUGACUUCUGGCAGGCACAAUGGGAUCGUUUCAUCGACUUUACCGGUGAUGAUCCGGCCCGGUUGUGGGUGUUGAGCACGACCAUCUUCACAAUGGCGGUGUACUGGACGUUUGGAGGUAUCUACACGCUUUUUGACGUCACAUGUAGACCUGCCGCGAUCAGACGUUAUAAGAUGCAACCAGGAACGAACGAACCUGUUGAUCGGCGACGACUUGCGACGGUGAUUGCAACCGUGUUGAUGAAUCAAACCAUCGUCGGUAUUCCGAUGGCCUACUGCAUGUACCAGGCAAUGAGGCUUCGUGGGUUAAACGACCUCCGGGAACUUCCAACCUUCCACUGGGUGUUGGCUGAGCUGGCUUUCUGCAUUUUUAUCGAGGAGAUUGGUUUCUAUUACGCACAUCGACUGCUGCACAACCGGCACAUCUAUCGGCACAUCCACAAGCGGCAUCAUGAGUGGACGGCUCCGAUCGCCAUCACCGCCAUUUACUGCCAUCCGAUCGAGCACGUGUUCAGCAACCUGGUGCCGCCAUUUCUCGGUAUCUUCCUGCUCGGUAGCCACGUGGCGGUCGCUUGGCUGUGGUUUACGCUUGUCAUUCUGUCCACGUUGAACGCCCACUCGGGAUAUCAUCUGCCGUUCUUUCCCAGUCCGGAAGCUCACGACUUUCAUCACCUGAAAUUCAACCAAUGCUUCGGCGUUCUUGGGGUACUCGAUCGCCUGCACGGUACGGAUGCGUUGUUCCGGACGACGAAAGCGUACGCGAGGCACAUCAUGAUGCUGAGCUUCAUACCGGCCCGGGAAGCCUUCCCGGAACCGGCCAAGAAGGCGUUUUGAGGUGCCAGACACACCCUGCCACAAGGUACACGCAAGCACUGGCACGCAUUGGCAUCUUCUCACCGGAGGAACACCUGCAGGUGGUUCACAUCGCAAGCUACCGAAGUGUACAUUCGACUACAGCACGUUUGCACGCAACACCUGCAGAGCACCAGGUUGUGGCUUUCGAGCCCGCAACGUUCGAGGAAAUAAAUUUCAUAUACACGAAUAUACGCUGGAGAAAGAGGAGUAGUACUAACAGCAGGCGGAUGUGGUCAGGAUGACAAAGGAGUAAAAGCAAACCGCUCUAGCGCGUCGGUAGUAGAUUCAAUAUAUUUAUUCCAGCUUUGACGUUGCGGUUACCAAGUAGCGCACGAGUUAUUUUAGUUUAUGCAUUAGGUCCUCUACGUUAGAUUCCUGCUCCCUGCCUCAGCUUACGUUUCCCCCCCGGAAGGGGGAAAC